AUGUUUAAAAAGAACUAUUCGAGGCUGUUCAGACCUUGGGAUGUGAGUGAUAAGGAUGAAACAAAAACGAGUGAACAGACAGAGUUACGGGAUGAAGUUAAGAUGAAGAAAGAUUUGAAACGGGAGAACAGGCUGAGGAAAAUACGGGGAGUGUUUAAAAGAAAUGAUGUUAACCAAGAUGCUACAGUUUCCACGACGACAGCUGAUGAUGAAGAGAAAACUAAAGUAGAAGACAUUCCCAAUAAACCAGCAGAUUUAUCAGACUCUCCUGUAGCCAGCUUAAGCUUAUGCUGCGAUAGAUUACUCCAAGAACCUGAAAAACUAUUAAAAUCAGACAAAACCAGAGAUAUACCAAAAACACCAGAUGUAUACCCUCAAAAUUUAUUCCCUCAAAGUAUGGUGGCAUCAAAUAUAUAUAAUCAAGGCUACAUAACUGAUUAUGUAGCGUCAGACAUCGCACAAACACUCGGAGUUCCACCAACUGAUCCACUACUUUUAGAAUCACUAGCACAAGGAUACGCCAUGGAAUUAGAAUACGCAAGAAUACUCCAACAAGAAAACGAAGCGAAAUUACUGAAUGCACGAAAACAGAGACCAAAGAAAUACAAAUGCCCGCACUGCCAAGUCGGUUUUUCCAACAAUGGCCAACUGAAAGGCCACAUACGGAUACACACAGGAGAAAGGCCUUACAAAUGUGACGAGAAAAACUGCGGGAAAAGCUUUACUAGGAAUGAAGAAUUGACGCGUCAUAAGAGAAUACAUUCAGGAGUACGUCCAUACCCGUGUCCAACUUGUGGGAAAAAAUUUGGACGACGAGAUCACUUGAAGAAACACACAAGAACUCAUUAUUUGCAAGCUGAGAGGAUGAUGCCUGUAUUCGUCCCGCUCACGGCCGUACAACAAAUAGGCUUCCCAUACUUAUAUGGGUAUUGA